GUAUUACCCGUUAUAUGACGGCGAAAAGGCGAACGUCACAUGGGGUCACAUGACGUCAUUGUUCUAUCCCGUAGCGCAGCUGAUGGGAUGGUGUUUUGUGAAUGAAAAGUGCAAAAUUCUAGUGAAAUGGCAGUGAAAAGUCCUGAAAAAUCCCUGUACAGUCAAUUCUGUGACUACAUGGAACGAGAAACGAGAGGAGUUGAAAUUGGAGUUUACACAAUUUCUGGGAUUCUCUUCGCCGUGGCAUGUCACAGAAUUCGGCCGAUCACAAAAUUCCGGCAUCCGUCGCAAAUUCCGUCUCAUUUUAUCCGGAAUAAACUCAAGCAAUUUGGGCGGGUGGAGAGUGUGGAGCCAAGUCAGACAGCUGGUCCUCUGCUCAGGAUCAACCACAAGCCCCCUAUCAAUAUCUUCUUCGGGAACAAAGAAACGUUGCCGGUGAAAAUUGCCGGAGUUACGGUGAAUCCAAAUGGAUUGUCCUGGCUUCAGGGAGUCACUGUUGAUCGCCGGGUGGAGUUUAUUCCUCUCUUUACGCACUUCGAAGCAGCUGAAUGUGUGGUGUUUGUGAUGCCCACUGAGCAGGAGAAGCGCCUAAAGAAGAACCCUCGAAGUCUGGACGUGGCAGAAGCCCUGCUGAGUCUGGGAUUUGCUCAAACCACGGGAGUCCCCGCAGAAGUGCCUCUCAGUGACAAGAAAAUGCGUGACUACUACAAACUCCUGACCUACGUGGAGAAGAAAGCCAAGAACCGACGAGAGGGACUGUGGUCAGCAAAGGUUCCACCUCCCGUUUGGCCUCUGCGUCUCCUUCAGGAUUCCUUCGACAGACUCAUUACCUCUCUGCUACCAGAAUCCCGUCGCCUACCUCAGCUGGUGCGCUAGGCACGCCCCCAGGGCCAGCAAAUCCGUAAGUAGAUGCCUUCCGACUUAGUCGUUUCCUUGGAGAAUUCAGAAAUUAAAUUUGUCUAUGAUUUUCGUUAGAAA